AGGAGGGGUGGCGAUAGGAGAGAGGAACAGACAUGGCUUCUAAAGAGAUCACUGCCUCUGGUUUCGUGAGUGUGAGCAAGGAUAUCACAGAAAGCAUCAGGAAGAUUAUCGAUAAAUCAUCUAUAAAGUUUGUUCGUGGCAUUAAGCUUGACACUAAAAAUGGCAAAACAGAGGACAAAAUUCUGGUGCUCACAACAUGGCGUCUCUAUUUCCUGGCGCCAAAGAUUCCCACAAAGGUAGAAACCACAUUCAACUUCUUGGAGAUUCGAGCUUUGAAUUCUCAACCUGAACAUCAGGUUGUUAUCGACACUGACAAGUCCAGUUACUCCCUGAGGUUUGAGUCACGGGAACACCUCAAUCAUGUGGUCAGCCAUAUAAAUUUCGCUCUGUCUCGAAUAUUCAACAACUCCAUUUUUGCCCCUUCCAUCUGUCAUUCAGACAGUGACCUUUCGGAGGGCAGCAGGAAGUAUUCACGCUCCGAGACUUCAGUGGAGACACAGAGGGCCUGCGGAGGCUUCUCAGAGACUUACGCUGCUCUGUGCGACUAUAAUGGCAUCAGCUGCAAGGAGGAAGUGCAGUGGGAUGUGGACACCAUCUAUCACUCUCAGGACAACAGGGAGUUUAACUUGCUGGACUUCAGCCACCUGGAGAGCAGAGAUUUGGCUGUCAUUGUUGCAUCAAUGGCUUACAACACCUGGUUCACUAAACUGUACUGCAAAGACCUGCGCAUUGGCUCAGAGGUCACUGAGCAGGUCCUGCACACAGUCAGCAAAUCCUCCAGCCUUGAAGAGAUCACUCUGGAGAAUGCUGGGUUAAAAUCUGACUUCCCACAGAAGAUGUCAGUAGCUCUUUCAGAGAACCCUGCAUCUGUCAUCCAUUCCCUCAACUUGGCGCACAACUCACUGGAUAACCAAGGUGUGUCCAACUUAAUCCAGCAAGUGUGUCGCCUCAGCAAGGGGCUUCGUCUCCUCAACCUCUCCAAGACCUCACUCACCUCCAAAGGUUAGGAGUUGCCCCACCUUUGGUUUCUCUCUCAGGCUUUGUGCUCCAGCGAUGAGUACUCUAACUCCCUGCUGCACCUGGACCUGAGCAAGAACCCGGGCCUCUCGGGGGAGGAUGCAUCGAACCUUUAUCUCUUCUUGUCUCAACCCAACUGCCUGGUCCACUUGGAUCUGUCGGGCACAGACUGCUGUGUUGACUCACUAUUUGGGGCUCUUCUGAGGGGGUGUUGUGCUGAUCUCUCCUUUCUGAAUCUUUCCAAAAAUUCCUUCUCCCACAGGAAAGUGAAGGAUACGCUGCCGUUGUUCCGUCAGUUUUUCAGCUCAGCUUUCAGCCUCACUCAUGUCAGCCUGGCCUCUAUGAAGCUGCCCCUGAUGGCUCUCCUCACAGGGUUAACCUCCAAUCCUCAUAUCAAUGACCUUCAUCUGGACAUCAGCGGCUGUGAGCUAAGGUCUGCAGGAGCUGCUGUAAUCCAGGAACUCUUCCCUAGAGUCUCCUCCAUCGCUACUCUCGAUAUCUCCGACAACGGUCUCGACGCAGACUUACUCACAGUCCUGCCAGCCCUCUCUAGACACCCUUCCCUCAAACACCUUCAUCUGGGCAAGAACUUCAACAUCAAAAGCAGGGUUCUGGAUGAAGUGUUGCAGAAGCUAGUUCAACUCAUGCAAGAAGAAGAAUGUGCCCUUCAGUCUUUGUCCCUCUGCGACUCACGCCUGCGUUCUCGGGGCACCGUGCUAGUCAACGCCCUGGGUAGCAACACCUGCUUGAGAAAAGUGGAUCUGAGCGGGAAUAGCAUGGAAGACAUUGGAGCCAAGAUGCUGAGCAAAGCCCUUCAAAUCAACACAACACUCAGGAGUGUGACAUGGGAUCGCAACAACACCUCCGCAGCAGGAUUUCUCGAUGUGGCCCGAGCACUUGAACAUAAUUUCACCUUACAGUACAUGCCUCUACCCCUAAGUGACAUCAGCCAGGCGUACCGCAGCGCCCCUGAGAGGACAGAGCAGGCGUUGACCAAGAUCCAGCGUGCUCUGGUGAGGAACAACCAGACUCAGCGCUUCUCUCAGAGACAGGCUUUGCGGCUCCAUCAGGGCCUGGUCACCAGCACCGCCGAACAGGUGAUGGAGCGCCUCUGUGUGCGUGUCCAGCAGCAGGUGUGUUUAUUACGGGGCGUCGGAGAGAUGGAGGAGAUUCAAGCUGCAAAACAAGUGCUAAAAGAGGCGAGGAACUCUCGCGCUCUCUACCCUUCACUGUGUGAGCUCGCUCAUGUGCUGUCUGUGGAUGGGCCGGUGCGGCAGAGACUCGACUCCUUGGCUGGCGAACUUGCCAAAGCUGCUGACAAGGAGCUGCAGGUGAUUGUCGACUCCAUGGUGUCUCUGUGCCGCGAGCUCUGCCCUCUAUCUUCUUCUGCAGCAGAGAGAUUAAGCCACCCUCUCAUCUGUCUCUGAGCGUGUGUCCAUCCUCGCUCUGCCAUUCGCACUGCCCUUAUGGAAAGAGCAGCACAGGACAUUCACAGAGCCUUGGAAGAAGUAAAGCUGUCAGUGGUUUCCUAUCUCACCAACUCCAUCGUGGACCAGAUCCUUCAGGAGCUCUAUGCCACCCAUAAGAACCUGACUCGGCAGGUCUCUCAUCUUAAAUGCUGGGAGGGGACGUGUGAAGAUGGGACAGGCUGGAGGUUUAACAGGCACAGGGACUCUCUGGACAUCACAGAUGAAGAGCUCAGCACCAGCAUAGACACAAUAGCCAUUAAGAAGCACAGCUCUAGAACAAGACGAAUACGACCUGUCUCCACCAGGCUGAGCCUGUGUGAUGACUCCAGCUCCUCUCCACCCCCUUCCGUGCCAUCAUACUCGUCACCGCUAUCCCGUUCGGCAUCCUGGGAGGGUCUGUCAGAGCUGCCUACGCAGGGUCUGCCCCUUCAUCACGUAACGCGAGUUCGUCCAAGGCCUCCGCGGAGACACAAGGGAGGGCACAUCCCGUCUGAGAGACACUGCAGUGAAAAUGGUGGGAUAAGCCCUCUGGAUGAUGGACUCCCUGAUUUCUACACGAAAAGAGUGCUCCCUGAUAG